GUUCGAAGUAUGAGAUUAUAGAAGUUCGAUUUGGAGUCCGUAUUGAUUGAACUACAUCUCCCAUAAUUCCGUUCGCCGCACCGGAAGCGCUCGCUCACACAGGCGACGGUUACGAGUGAAGAAGUUAUUCAGAUUGUCAAACAGAAAAAGAGUGAAACGACUGAAGUGUUAUCGCGUAUAAUCGCUCAUAUACACGCUAUAUCAGUGCUGGAGCGGCGUCUGUUCUCGCUGAAUAUCCAUGAGCCGGCGGGACGGUUUAAAUGAGCUCCACUCAGUUCUCCCGUUGAUCCAGUGGCUCGUCUGACUGAAGCAUCAUGACUCUGGCUCCUAAAGAGCUGUCUAAUCUGCUGGGCAUCAUGUCGGAUGACGCCUGCAGCAACAGCUUCGAGCAGCUCUCCACAGCCUUCCACCACUGCUUCGGGAAAGCCGAGCACUUCCGCGUGGGUUCGGUUCUGGUGAUGCUUCUGCAGCAGCCCGACCUGCUUCCCAGCGCUCCUCAGCGGCUGACCGCUCUCUAUCUGCUGUGGGAGAUGUACCGCACCGAGCCGCUGGCCGCUAACCCCUUCGCCGCGGUGUUUGCGCACCUACUGAACCCGUCGACCGCGGCAGAGGAGCAGGAGACGCUCUCAGGUUUUCUUCCUCCCAUCACGCUGCCGGAGAAGUACUUCCUGUCUCAGCUGAUGCUCGCUCCGCCGCGAGAGCUCUUCAAGAAGACGCCGAGACAAGUGUCCAGCAUGGACAUGAGCUCCACACCGCAGACCAUAGACAUCAGCGGACUGCAGCUGGCGCUCGCCGAGCGUCAGUCGGAGCUGCCCACUCAGAGUAAGGCCAGUUUUCCCAGCCUGCUCAGCGACCCUGACCCAGACUCCUCUAACUCAGGCUUCGACAGCUCCGUGGCCAAUCAGAUCACAGAGUCUCUGGUGACCGGCCCGCGGCCGCCUCUGGAGAGCCACUUCCGGCCCGAGUUCAUCCGGCCCGCUCCGCCGCUGCUGGUGUGUGAGGACGAGCUGUCGUGGCUCAACCCGUGUGAGCCGGAUCACCGGAUACAGUGGGACCGGUCCAUGUGUGUGCGCAACGGCACGGGAGUGGAGAUCAAGCGCAUCAUGGCCAAAGCCUUCAAGAGUCCGCUAUCAGCAGCACAGCAGACGCAGCUGCUUGGUGAACUGGAGAAGGACCCAAAGCUGGUUUAUCACAUCGGUCUGACUCCAGCCAAACUACCGGACCUGGUUGAGAACAACCCUCUGGUGGCCAUCGAGAUGCUCCUGAAGCUGAUGUCCUCCAGCCAGAUCACGGAGUAUUUCUCUGUCCUGGUCAACAUGGACAUGUCGCUGCACUCCAUGGAGGUGGUCAACAGAUUAACCACAGCAGUGGAUCUUCCUCCUGAGUUCAUCCAUCUCUACAUCUCCAACUGCAUCUCCACGUGUGAGCAGAUCAAAGACAAAUACAUGCAGAACCGUCUGGUGCGUCUGGUGUGCGUCUUCCUCCAGUCCCUCAUCAGGAAUAAGAUCAUUAAUGUUCAGGAUCUGUUCAUCGAGGUGCAGGCCUUCUGCAUCGAGUUCAGCCGAAUCCGUGAGGCCGCCGGUCUCUUCCGCCUCCUCAAGACUCUGGAUAACGGAGAGAUGCCAGCCGAGGGCAAGACGGCCAAAUGAACUCAAGGACUAAAGCUGAGUCUCUCCUCUAUUAAAGCACAUGAGUUCAGCCUUUCAGCUCACAGAAGACGCCAGACUCAACGGCGUACGAACUCCAUCUGUUUUCUGUUCUUACAUGUACAACAUGCUCUGCUAUCGUGACCUGUUUUGAUCCCAAACGCCAUAUUUUUUUGUCCAUUAAAGUGAUGGUUACUUGUACGCUCUCAGACGACGUGCUUCA